GGCCAUGGAAUGAUGGAAGUAGUCUACGAUAGUUGUCGGUGCACAGUUCAUGUACGUUAUGGGCAGACGGGAUGGGCGUCGAGACGCAGCGCGGCGAUGAAUGGACGCUACGACGCAGGCGAAGAUGUACGAGUUGGAGAGAGUAAUAAUGCCCUCCACUUUGGAUUUGGGGCUGAGUAUUGCGGGUUUUCGCGUUUUCACCUCCACUCCACCCACUCGCUCAUCAACUCGACUCAACAUGGCUUUCUCGGACGAGACCAAGGACCGCGUCAACGCCGCUAUCGGCAUUGCCAAGACAAUCAUCACGAUCGGCUGGAUCCCCGCCAUCAUCUUCAUCGGGUACCGCAACUCGAACCCCCAGCCGUCGCUCAUCAAGCUCAUCACCCCGCUUGCGUGAUCGGUCGUAUAGUGUAUAUGCAGGCAUACUUCUCUCGCAGCUUCAUGUUUGUGACUAAUACACGCCAGAUGGCUUCUACAAUCUCCUGCGCAGCAUCGGCGAGUGGCACCGACU